AUGGGUAUAGAGAAAUGCGGAGAAAUUAAGUUAGUACACAAGUUGUUUGGCGGUGUAUCAUCAGGUGAGAAGCAUCAUUCUCAAUACAAAGUUACUUUAGCGAGUAUGGAUAACAAAUUUAAUUGCAAAGUACUUUGUUUAGAUCAACCAGUGAUUUGUGAUUAUGUCAAACGCAUCCCCUAUGGUCCAUGGAUAAAGGAGUUGAAUGAAUAUGGAAUUUGUGUGAAUGAUACUGAGUACAGUUCUCUAGGAGUAUCAAAUGACGUCAAAUUAUUACUUGGAGCUGAUGUGGCCGGCAAGCUUUUCACAGGCAAUGUAAAAUGUUUGAUUGAAGGUCCUGUUGCUGUUGAGUCACAUCUAGGGUGGACUCUUAUGGGGAAGAUACCUAUAAAUGAUAUUGCUGCGACGACAAAUUCUUCUCUUUCAUUGCUUUUAGCUGAAGCAUCUAUGAAUCAAUUGUGGUCAUUGGAUGUUUUGGGAAUCACAGAUCCAUCUGCGAAGAAAGUGCAGGCAGAGUUGCAAAGAGCUACACAAGAGUACUUUUUGGAAACAAUCAGACUAGAUGUAGAAAACCGUUUUGUGGUUAGCAUGCCUUGGCUGGAAGAUCAUCCUCCAUUGCCAACCAACUAUGACCUGGCGUAUAAAAGAUUGAAUUCGACUGUCAACCGACUUAAAUCGCAGUCGAUUUAUAAAGAGUAUGAGCAAGUUUUUAAUGAAUGGAUGGAGGAGGGAAUAAUAGAAGAAGUAAAGGAUAAUUGUGAGGAAAAUGUACACUACCUACCUCAUCGUGCAGUUAUGAAACCGAAUAGCACCACCAAAAUUAGACCCGUAUUUGAUGCUUCAGCUAAGGCCAAAGGUUUUCCUAGUUUAAAUGAUUGCUUAGAAAAGGGUGAAAAUCUUAUUGAAUUGAUACCAAGCAUUUUGAUGUGGUUUAGGACUGAGAGAAUUGGAGUCAUUUCAGACAUACGUAGAGCCGUCUUACAAAUCGGACUUACUGAAACUGAUAGAAAUUACCUAAGAUUUUUGUGGCUUAGUGAUGAAGGCUUGAAGGUUUACAGGCAUUGCAGGGUAGUAUUUGGAGAAACCUGUAGCCCAUUUUUGCUGUCCUCAACUAUCAAAUACCUUCUGAUGAAUGUUUUGAAGGAAAUAAGGGAACAAAAAUCUACUUAUCCUGGAUAUGUUGUACAAAAACUAAUGAAAAGUUUUUAUGGAGACAAUUGUGUCACGAGUGUCAAGGAUGUAAAAGAAAUGAAUGUGUUUGAAAGAGUUGCUACUGAAAUAAUGGCAAGUGGAAAAUUCGAUCUUAGAGGGUGGGAGCACGCCAACUUAACCGAGGAAAAUUCUCAGACACCUACAAAUGUUCUUGGUAUGAGCUGGGAUAAGAAAUAUGAUACUCUUCAAGUGAGUACAGGUUGCAUUAAAGAGCUUAACAUUGAGAAAGUAACGAAGAGAACCAUCCUGUCAGCUGCACAUAGACUUUUUGACCCCUUGGGUAUGAUCUGUCCUGUAACGUUGAUCCCAAAAUUGCUUCUUCAGAGCAUUUGUAAGUUGAAACUGAAUUGGGAUGAUGAUGUUGAUGAAAACAUCAUAAGAGAAUUUUUAAAAUGGAUUGAAGGUGUACUGUACAUUGAGAAAAUUAAUAUUCCAAGGUAUUUUGAAUUAAGUGGAUCCAAGAAGUGUUCCAUAUAUUUCUUUUGUGAUGCAAGUAAAUUGGCCUGGAUCAAAAGAAGUGAACCGUGGGCAAUUUUUGUUUAUAAUCGAGUGUGUGAAAUCAGAGAGCAGACUGAUGUUAACAUCUGGAGGCAUGUUCCUGAGACGAUGAACCCAGCUGAUUCACCAAGUAGAGGAUGUUCGGUGCAACAGUUUCUGCGAUUGCAAUGGAGGGAGGGUGGCAGCCGGUUACACUUACCUCAAGAAUUGUGGCCUUCGUCUGGAGAUGUCGUUAAUGAGGAGGAAGUGAACUGGGAGAAAAGAAAAGGUGUCACAACCUCAGUGAUAAAUUGUGAAAUGAUUAAAUUUUUGAGUUCUAAUAUUUCUAAUAAUCGAAAAAUUGUACAUACUAUGGCGUGGGUGACGAGAUUCCUUUUUAAUUGCAAAAAUGAAGAAAGAAGAAAAGGAGAUCUUUCUGUAAAUGAAUUAGAGGAAGCUGAGAAAAUCACUGUAUACUUGAUACAACAGGAAUCAUUUACAAGAGUUUCAGAUAAAAGCCUUAAAACUCUAGAUAUAAUUAUUGAUAAGAAAGGAAUCUAUAGAUUAAAAACAACUAGGAAAAGUAAAUCUUUAUCAAGAUCUUGUAAAGUAUGCAAGCGUUUUUCUGCCAAACCAGUAGACCCACCAACUACAUCUCCACCAAGUGAGAGAGCUCAAGAUGCAGCUGUUUUCCAAGUAACGGUUGUGGACUUUGCUGGUCCUUUUGAAGAUGGCAACGAGAAGAGUUUUUGUGGUUGCCAUGGUGAUGGUUUAGAAU